AUGAACGUACUGAUUACUGGAGGCAGUCGGGGGAUUGGCCGCGCCACUGCCCUUCUCGCAGGCUCGCGAGGUUGGAACGUAGGCAUCAACUACGCCACCAAUGCCUCGGCAGCAGAGUCUGCCAUUGCGGACGUUCAAAAGGCCGGCGGGAAAGCCAUUGCCAUCAAGGGCGACGUGACCAACGAGAAAGAUGUCAUUCAAUUGUUCGACGCUAUGGAGAAUGCUUUCGGUCCAACUAAUGGCGUCGUUAUUAACGCUGGUGUCACUGCUCAGUCCAUGGCCCUUGCCGACAUGACCGUGGAGCGCCUGCGCCUCGUCUUCGAUACGAAUGUGCUAGGAGCGUAUCUCUGUGCGCGAGAAGCAGCUCGCCGUCUUCCGGGCGCAUCAAAAGAGGACUGUUACAGUAGUAUUGUCCUAGUUUCCUCCGCUGCUGCCAGACUUGGUUCGCCGAAUGAGUUUGUGGACUACGCUGGCUCCAAAGGCGCUAUCGACACGCUUAAUGUUGGUCUUUCGAAGGAGCUCGGUCCGAAGCACGUACGGGUCAACGCUGUAAGACCCGGCAUCAUCGACACCGAAAUUCACGCUUCUGCGGGUGAUCCUGACCGGUUAGGGCGCCUGGGCAAGCAGACUCCGCUCGGUAGGCCUGGCGGCGCGGAUGAAGUGGCCGAAGCCAUUGUGUGGCUGCUGUCGCCAGCCUCAAGCUAUGUGACCGGCACCAAUAUCGAUGUCACGGGAGGAAGAUGA